UCCAAUUUAAUUAAUUCCCACUUAUCAGCGAACGAAGAGCGUGUCACCCGCGAGCCGCUGGGUCGCCGGGACAGCCUUCCGUUUCCGGAAGUACCCCGUCGGCCCGGCGCCGCUGGCGUUGUCCGCUUUAACGCCGGCGCGGGGAGCAAUUUUAACUUGACUAGCAUUAGCUCCCAGCCAGAGAUUUAGCUCCAUGGCAAAGCUACCACAUUAGCUUCUUAAAUGAGGGGAGCGGGGCAAGCGGUAACAUGCGAAGGGAGGACGGAAGAACAAAGGCUCCCUUCAGUUUGAGGAUAAAUGGGACUUGAUGCGUCCCAUCGUACUAAAGUUGUUACGACAAGAGUCGGUCACCAAGCAGCAGUGGUUUGACCUUUUCUCAGACGUCCACGCUGUCUGCCUGUGGGACGACAAAGGUCCCGCUAAGAUCCACCAGGCCCUUAAAGAAGACAUCCUAGACUUCAUCAAACAAGCACAAGCACGGGUGCUGAGUCACCAGGAUGACACGGCGCUGCUGAAGGCCUACAUUGUCGAGUGGAGGAAGUUCUUCACCCAGUGCGACAUCCUGCCCAAGCCGUUCUGCCAGCUGGAGAUCACACUGAUGGGCAAGCAGGGCAGCAGCAAAAAGUCCAACGUGGAGGACAGCAUAGUCCGGAAGCUGAUGCUGGACACGUGGAACGAGUCAAUAUUCUCCAACAUAAAGAACAGGUUACAAGACAGCGCAAUGAAGCUGGUCCACGCCGAGCGGCUAGGGGAAGCCUUUGAUUCGCAGUUGGUCAUCGGAGUGCGAGAGUCCUACGUGAACUUGUGCUCAAAUCCUGAAGACAAGCUUCAGAUCUACCGGGACAACUUUGAGAAAGCCUACAUGGACUCCACCGAGCGCUUCUACAGAACGCAGGCGCCUGCCUAUCUCCAACAAAAUGGCGUCCAGAACUACAUGAAAUAUGCUGAUUCCAAGUUGCGGGAAGAAGAGAAACGCGCACUACGAUACCUGGAGACGAGGCGUGAUUGUAACUCAGUACAAGCAUUAAUGGAAUGUUGCGUAAACGCCCUGGUAACGUCCUUCAAGGAGACCAUUUUAGCUGAGUGUCCAGGGAUGAUCAAGAGAAAUGAAACGGAAAAGUUGCACCUGAUGUUCUCGCUGAUGGACAAAGUACCGAGCGGAAUAGAGCCCAUGCUGAAGGACCUGGAGGAGCACAUCAUGAGCGCCGGCCUCGCAGACAUGGUGGCCUCAGCCGAGACAAUCACCUCCGACUCUGAGAAAUAUGUGGAGCAGCUGCUCACGUUGUUCAACCGCUUCAGUCGGCUGGUGAAGGAAGCCUUCCAGGAUGACCCCCGUUUCCUCACUGCCAGAGACAAAGCGUAUAAGGCCGUCGUCAAUGAUGCCACUAUAUUUAAAUUAGAACUACCCAUGAAACAGAAAGGCGUGGGCUUAAAAACACAACCCGAGUCCAAGUGUCCAGAGCUGCUGGCCAACUACUGCGACAUGCUGCUCAGGAAGACUCCCCUUAGCAAGAAGCUCACGUCGGAGGAGAUCGAGGCCAAGCUUAAGGAAGUGCUCUUGGUUCUGAAAUAUGUCCAGAACAAAGACGUGUUUAUGCGCUACCACAAGGCCCACUUGACCCGCCGCCUGAUCCUGGACAUCUCGGCAGACAGUGAAAUUGAAGAAAACAUGGUGGAGUGGCUUAGGGAAGUCGGAAUGCCGGCGGACUACGUCAACAAGCUGGCCAGAAUGUUUCAGGACAUUAAAGUGUCAGAGGACCUCAACCAGUCUUUUAAAGAAAUGCAUAAACACAACAAGCUGGCUCUACCAGCUGACUCGGUCAACAUCAAGAUCCUUAACGCUGGUGCGUGGUCGCGGAGCAGCGAGAAGGUAUUCGUCUCGUUGCCCACCGAACUGGAGGAUCUGAUCCCGGAGGUGGAGGAUUUCUACAAGAAGAACCACAGUGGACGCAAAUUGCACUGGCAUCACCUCAUGUCCAAUGGCAUUAUUACCUUCAAGAACGAGGUGGGCCAGUACGACCUGGAGGUGACCACCUUCCAGCUUGCUGUGCUCUUCGCUUGGAACCAGAGGCCCAGGGAGAGGAUCAGCUUCGAAAACCUCAAGCUCGCCACUGAGCUACCCGAUGCAGAGUUGCGACGCACACUUUGGUCCCUGGUGGCUUUUCCCAAACUCAAGCGGCAGGUGUUGUCAUACGACCCAACGGUUUCAUCGCCCAAAGACUUUGCAGAAGGAACAUUAUUCUACGUCAAUCAAGAGUUUUCCCUCAUAAAAAACUCCAAAGUUCAGAAGCGGGGGAAGAUCAACCUGAUCGGUCGACUGCAGCUCACCACUGAGCGAAUGCGAGAGGAGGAGAACGAGGGGAUCGUACAGCUCAGGAUACUAAGAACGCAGGAAGCCAUCAUCCAGAUCAUGAAGAUGAGGAAGCGCAUCAACAACGCCCAGCUACAGACAGAGCUGGUGGAGAUCUUAAAGAACAUGUUUUUACCACAGAAAAAGAUGAUCAAGGAGCAGAUCGAGUGGCUCAUUGACCACAAGUACAUCAAGCGAGACGAGACCGACAUAAACACCUUCAUCUACAUGGCAUAGCACAACAGUUUGGACUUUUUCGGCUUUGUUUUUCCUCGGUCAAUCGGGCCUGAUGGACGCUAGAAUACUUCCAGGCCCACUCAACCCCUGCGCCCCACCGAUUUCCACACCCCCACCCGCCCCCUUGUCCUCUAUUUAAAAACUUAAUCCUGUGCAGGGAGGCAUGAUUUAAGACUAUUUAAAAAAAAAAGAGAGAGAGAAAAAAAACACUUCCUGCCUUAAAGUUGUACAAAGAAGAAAAGCAAAGUCUGCACCUAGUGGUUGUAACUGUUUUCAUUUGGGAGGCCGUCAUUCACGGUUUACUCUUGUCCGGAACGCUCCUACGGGGUGGCGGCUAGUUCGCUCCCACCCGACGCUUUGUGGAAAUCUACAGACAAAUGCCGGAGGAUCUUGGGGUGGGGGAAGCGCCAGCGCUCCACGUUUUUGUUUUCCAGUGUGAGUGAAGCCCUCACGGCACUUCAAAUCCAGCUAGUUUGCUUCUUGGCACCGUGGGAGUGGGGGGCGGGGGGGGUUUGUUUGUGUUGUUGUUGUGAGAGUAAGUAUCACUUAAUCAGGACUUUUUUUUUUUUUUUUCUCUGCAUACAGUGCCAGAUCGACAAGUCACCGCUUUUAUUCCUCGGAUUCAAAUCUCUGUUUUUCUGGAGGGGAGAUUGAAAGAUGUAGGACGGACGUUUUUUUUUGGGGGGGGGGAUUUUGAAACGUCCCUCAGGGUCAGCGGAAGGCGGUGUCAUAGAUGUCAGCCGGGUGAGGAAAAGGCCCGAGUCAGUACAGUAUUAAGUAUCAACAGCUUUUCAGCGGGGUGUACCAUGAGAUGUGAAAAAAUGAAAUAAACAGCACCUUAACAUGAAAGUGCCGAGGUGCCUUUUUUCCGUCUGUAAAUUUUCACCCCCAAAGUUGUACUUCACAAAGUCAUUCUUUUUUCCGACGCAUGAAAAAAUGUACAAGUAGUGUCAGAAAAGUUCUUGGAUUAGAGUACUGGAGUGAAUGAAUCUUUAUUGAGUCCUAUUUGAAGGGUACACAUUAGACCCUGGCUGAUGUCGGAUUUUUGGGACUGAUAUGGCAAUUGCUGGAUAAUUUUUUUGUUUUUAAAAACAGAGAUUUCCAAUAUAUCAGUAUUGAUAUAUGAGGCAAAUCGCUAGAGGCGCUCAUUGUUUGGUGUAUUCAAUAUUGAAACAACACACGACAUACACACGUAUGAGAUUAUUAAUGGUUCCAUUUGAUAGAAAUUAUGGAGGGGGCUGGAUAUUUUACUUUUUAUAUUUUUUAUAGAAGAUAGAGUGGGACAAUGUUGACCAGCAGGUGGCACCAGAGCAAAGUCUUUUCUUUUUUUUCUUUUUUUUUUAAAUGGAGUUGUAUUGGUUUUAUUAUUCACUGAACGUUUGGACUGAAAUUAUGUAUUCAUCCAUCUAACAAUUUUCUUUGCCGCGUAUCCUCACGAGGGUGACAGGGAGUGCUGGAGCCUAUCCCAGCUGUCAACGGGCAGGAGGCGGGGUACACCCUGAAUUGGUUGCUGGCCAAUCACAGGGCACGUAGAGACAAAUAGUUGCACUCACAAUCACACCUAGGGGCAAUUUAGACUGUCCAAUUAAUGUUGCAUGUUUUUGGGAUGUGGGAGGAACCCCACGCAGGCACGGGGAGAACAUGCAAACUCCACACAGGCGGGUCUGGGAUUGAAACCGGGUCCUCGGAACUGUGAGGCCAACGCUUUACCCGCCCUACAUAACAUUAUGUAAAAAUAUUAAAUAAUAAAUGCCUUACAGAUAAUUUUGAAAAAAAUGCAUUAAAAUGCAUGUGCAAGGAAUACUUUGAGUAACAACCCAGGUUAAACAGCUCCACGCCAACACUCGACACUUGGUUCUCAGUUAACGUAUCACUUCAAUUCGCUUCCUUGGACCAAUUACUACUUUCCUAUUGGACUAUGCUUUGGCGU